CUUCCGCUCCAGCCAUAACAGUACAUCAUGUCGACGACCCGCCUACCCAGCAUUCCAUCCCUCCGAAAACAGCAGCUCCUACUGGAAUUUGCAAGUUUGCAACAUGCAGCCCCUCCGGGCACCUACGUGAGCCUCAGUCCUGGUGACCCCACGCUUUGGUCUGGCGUCAUCUUUGUGCGCUCUGGCCCAUAUGCCUCAGCCGUCCUGCGUUUCCAGAUCCGCUUCCCCGAUUCAUACCCCGAUAUGCCACCGAUGGUCAACUUCGCGACCGACGUCUUCCAUCCGCUAAUUGUACCUCUGACUACCUAUACCUUCAGCACUGGUGCCUCGACCGAGGACCCGGUCAGCGCCACCGACGACGAGCGGUUACCGCCCGGCGGAUUCAGUCUGCGCCAUGGGUUCCCACACUGGUUCGGGCGGGCUAAACGGGGCGGCGGCAACCCGUCGACUGCGUCGUCCAGAGCCGUGAGCGUGCGCAACUCAACCAUCAGCACCGCCGGGGGAGGGAAAAGACCCGACACGCCUGCAAGCAAGGAACCAGGCUCCAAGGACCUCCAGACGCCUACCUCGCUCACGGACCGGUCUGCCACGGACGAGACGGAGCCCACGUCCCCGGUGGUGGACCGAUCGGUGGACGCGACGAAGACGGUUCCCGUUGCGGUGCUUUUGGAUUACAUUCGGACGACAUUCGACGAUGAGGCGGUCCUGGACUCCUUGCCGCUAGAGGCGGCGGCUAACCCGAGCGCGUGGCAUGCGUGGAAGGCUCAUCGGAAGGGGAACGACAAUGCUGCCGCGUUCGCGGGCUUGAAGAAAGGCGGGAGCCCGCAGGCCAGGCUUCCUGGGGAUUGGCAUUGGGAUGGAAUCUGGGUGAGACGUGUGCAGAGUGAGAUCGAGGCUAGCAUCUCGGAUUCGACGUUGUAUGGGGCUACGCGAGGAGGGGCAGAUGAACCGAUUCGAUUCUCGCGUUUGGACGAAGCGACGCUUACAUCUGUGAAAGAGAAGAUGAUUCCUCGGAAGGAGGAAGUGCAUGAAUAAACUUGGGGGAUUCGAUAUACCCAUUGUAUUUAUAUGAGUCAGUUGAUCUGAUAACUACGUACCUGUUUCCUUACUUAUG